CCCCCGGUUGUAAAUGAUGGAAGGGAAAAUAAAAUCUCACAUUUAGUUUUUGAAAUCAAGACGUCAGCCAGCCUCUGUAGAAGUUUGUGGAUGGUUGCCCGGUUCGGUGAUGGUCAGGACUUCGGCGUGAUAUUUGAAUUGUGAGGCAUGAUGAGCGACGGAGUGUGAUGUCUCACAGUGAAGCUGCCUUAAUGUUCAUGAAUUCCUGCGGUUUGUGAAAUGACAAUCCCCCAAUACUGAGGCUGCUCCAGGAAAAUGACAAAUUUCUGAGGGUAAAGAGAUUGACUUUUUUUGGUUGGUGGUGAGUGAAGAUCGCUUUGCAGAACCAGCUACUUCUAUAAGGGCUUUGAGUCAUGAUGCAAGAAUCUGGGACUGAGACGAAAAGUAACGAUUCAGCCGUGCAGAAUGGUGGAAAUUCUGGUAACCACUUACUAGAGUGCACCUUACGAGAAACGCGAUCUAACGGAGAGACACCUUCUCUGGACGCCGCUGCGGCCGACUUUGCACAUCUUCAGCAACACCAGGCUCUUCAAGUUGCACGGCAGCUAUUAAUACACCAGCAGCAAAGUACUGGAGUAAAGGCCCACAAGAGGAAUGACAAACAACCAUCCCUCCAGAUUGAGGACGCAUAUGGAGAUAACAGAGAUAUCAUCAGACUCUGCAGACAAGCGCCGAUCUGCAGCGGCCGACCAUUUCACCUACUGGUUCCAGUCUCAGUGGCUAUGAUGACACCCCAAGUAAUCACUCCUCAGCAAAUGCAACAAAUUCUCCAACACCAAGUGCUUACACCCCAACAACUACAGGUCUUACUUCAACAACAACAAGCGCUCAUGCUUCAGCAGCAGCAGCUUCAGGAGUUUUAUAAGAAACAACAGGAGCAAUUGCAGCUUCAGCUGUUACAGCAACAACAUGCAGGAAAGCAGCCGAAAGAGCAGCAAGUGGCGACGCAGCAGUUGGCCUUUCAACAGCAGCUUCUACAAAUGCAACAGCUGCAGCAGCAGCACCUCUUGACCCUGCAGCGCCAAGGUCUCCUUUCAAUCCAACCCGGACAGCCCACCCUUCCACUGCAAUCUCUCGCUCAAGGCAUGAUUCCAACAGAGCUCCAGCAGCUCUGGAAAGAAGUGACGGGCUCGCACACCGCGGACGAUGCCGGUUGCAACAACCACAGCAGUUUGGACCUGUCCACGACGUGCGUCUCUUCGGUAUCAGCACCCAAGACCUCUUUGCUCCUCAACCAUCAGGCGUCUACAAAUGGACAGGCGUCUGUCCUCACUCCAAAAAGAGAGAGUGUAGCUCAUGAGGAUUACAUGGCAGAAUCACCCUUAUAUGGGCACGGUGUCUGCAAGUGGCCGGGAUGUGAAGCCAUUUGUGAAGAUUUCCUAUCGUUUUUAAAACAUCUCAACAAUGAGCAUGCAUUGGAUGACAGGAGCACGGCUCAGUGUCGAGUUCAGAUGCAAGUUGUACAGCAAUUAGAGUUACAGCUUUCCAAAGACAAAGAACGGCUGCAAGCCAUGAUGACGCAUUUACAUGUGAAGUCAACAGAACCCAAAGCAAGCCCUCAGCCUCUGAACCUGGUAUCCAGUGCCACACUUUCAAAGACUGCAUCAGAACCUUCCCCACAAAGCUUACCUCAUACACCUACCACCCCAACGACACCACUCACUCCUCUAAGCCAGGGACCAUCUGUUAUCACUACCACCAGCAUCCACAAUGUGGGACCCAUACGGAGGCGGUACUCCGACAAAUACAACGUUCCCAUCUCUUCUGAUAUUGCACAGAAUCAAGAGUUUUACAAAAAUGCAGAAGUCAGACCACCCUUCACGUACGCAUCCUUAAUUAGGCAGGCAAUUCUGGAAUCUCCAGAGAAGCAACUAACACUAAAUGAAAUCUACAAUUGGUUCACACGAAUGUUUGCUUACUUCCGACGCAAUGCAGCAACGUGGAAGAAUGCAGUGCGCCAUAAUCUUAGUCUACACAAGUGUUUUGUGCGAGUAGAAAACGUAAAAGGGGCAGUAUGGACAGUGGAUGAAAUAGAGUUCCAAAAAAGGAGGCCACAAAAGAUCAGUGGUAGUCCCUCUCUUAUUAAAAACAUUCAGACGAGUCACGCCUACUGCUCACCUCUUAAUGCUGCUUUGCAGGCUUCAAUGGCUGAGAACAGUAUACCUCUAUACACUACGGCUUCCAUGGGAAAUCCAGCUCUGACCAGUUUAGCCAGUGCCAUGAGGGAAGAACUAAACGGUGUUAUAGAACAUGGCAACAGUAAUGGUAGCGACAGUAGCCCGGGACGUUCCCCUAUGCAAGCAAUGCACCACGUACACAUUAAAGAAGAACCACUGGAUCCUGAUGAGAAUGAAGGUCCUCUAUCAUUAGUAACAACAGCUAACCACAGUCCCGACUUUGACCCAGACAGAGAUUACGAAGAUGAACCUGUAAAUGAGGACAUGGAGUAACAUCAUGUGUACUUUCACAAUCAUGAGAACGAAGACAGUUCAAGGCCUUGGCUAUCUCUCUUAUAUUGUACAGUCCGGAGAGUCGCUGGCCCUAUUCUGACAACUAUGACAUGUGUUAACUCUUAGUGCCAUCAAGUUUCCCAUUUGGGAGUAUUUUUGAUUUUUCUACUUUUUUUGUUGAAGAAAAAAAAAAACGGAAUUUGUACUUUGUGCAUUGGAUCGACUUGUUUGGUACUUGCGACUUCCUCUCUCACAGUCAGCAUCAGUGUUGUAAAUUUGCUAAAACAACCCAAUUUCACGUCAUCACACGCAGCAGACUUUUAAGGACUGACGUUCAGCCGUAAAAGGACACUGAGGGCAUCGAUAUAAGCAUGUGCGUCUAAACUGCAGGUCAUCCCUAUUGCCCAGAUAAAAAAAAAAAAAAAAGGAUUCCAAUGGACAACGUAUUUGCACAGUACUGCAUGUAAUUCUGAUUAUCACUGCCUUUAAAUCGAUUCUUUUGCUUCCAUAUGGGAUUGAGGGUGACCUUUUUUUUUUUUAUAUAUAUAUGUAUGGGACAGAGGGAGAGGCAUAGUAAUUAUCCCAAACUUCUUAAUGUAUUGCUUUUAUUUUUAUUGUACUACACCAAUUUAAGUUCUGACCUCAGGCCUCUGUUUCAAGGCCCAAGACCUCUCAGAGGCGUAAUGUUUUCUGUACUUUGUGAUGAAUGUUAAUAGGUGUUUUUAUUAUAUGAUGCCGAAUGUCUUUCAAUUGUUCAAUGUUUUUCUGUCAUUGCAUUGUAGUUAUCUUAAGUUGCGAUCACGUUUUAUCUUUCAGACACUCGAAAAAGAAAAAAAAACUAAACAUAAUUUCACAAUUUAUGUUUCACAAACAUUUUGCAUAAAGUUGCCCAUUGAUAGUCAAGAGAAUGGUUCACGUCCUCCUAGAAGAGCAAGAAUUAAGAUAGGUCAUAGGGAAAGGCAUGGUGUCCUUCCUGUAUGGCGGUAUCGGAGAGCCAAUGCGUACCAAAUUCACCAUGAUGUAGCUUGCAGUCCCUACUUUUGCCAUUGAUAAGUCCUGGAAGGCACUCUAUGUGCUUUAUAGUACCAGAUGCUGGUUUUCUGCACUGUCUUUGCUCAUAAGUCAACAGUCGAGGAAGAGCUUGACGUAGGAUUUUUUGACAAACCUCUAAUUUUUUGAGUCUCCGGGAAGCCACCCUGCAAUCAAUGGGUGAAAAGCAUUGUUUUUUAUAUAUAUAUAAAUGGUUUUCGAUCAUCAUAUGUAUACAUUAAUAUGUAUAAAAUAUAUAUAAAUAGGAAGUAAGAUUUUGACUUGAUGAAGGGAAAAAUUUCAUUGAGAGGGGCCAUUGUUUUCUCACUCUGAGCAUACUGCAAUUUUAUUAUUUGUACACGAGUCAAUGCAAAGGGGGCCAUUUACUGCAUCCAGGGCAAACGUGGAUACCCUGAAGGGAAUUUUCAAGAAGGGGCUUUUAGUGGAAGGUUGAAAGAAGUGUAUAAUUGGUGAGCUAUUGUAGACUGUAGGUAAAAAAGUAAGGGGCAUCUGUGCCCCUAGCACAGAGUAUGGACCCCAGAGACCCUGUCUAAUUUCAGACCUUUUUCAUGUGUGGGAUCUACUUGAAGCAAAAAGUUUGCAUGGUGGACAAUUACAUUAUUGGCCAUUUCCAAGGAGAGAAGAGAACCAAAAAUUAGAAAUUUGCCCUUCUCACCCCCCAAUAAUUUUUUUUUUUUUUUAUGUAACAAGGAGAAGAAGAGGUAAACAGAUGAGCAUUAAUGGCUACGUCUGUACCCCUAAUUGUACUUCCUGAAGGGCGGCACUUGAGUUAAUUCAUGCCCAAAUUUUAUGAUCACUUCAUGUAGCAAUUAAGUAAUAGCUCUCAAAGAUCAAGGGUGAGAAUACAGUAUUUAAGAAUGAGAAACACAUGUAGAGUUCUUGUCCUUGAUAGUGAGAAUACUUGGGUUGCCAGUCUAUACCAAGGGGGUGUAUAGUUGGCACAAGAAUUAAGAAUUGAAUUUUUGCACUGUGUAGGCAUGUUGUCAAUAAUCAGUUUCUGAACCAUUGAAUAACCCCAUACAUUAAAGCUGUUGCAGAUACUGACCAGGGAAACUAGAGGUACAGUUCUUUUUCUAGUGAUAGCUUUUGACAUUUUUGAAUACCAUCAUAGCAGAAAAACGAGGAACGCUUUGGUGAUAUAUAUUUUUUUCACAAUAUAUACAUUGGACAUGGUUCAUCCCUGGAGGUUUCGUGACCUAAGGGUCUAAUUUUUUGAAAAAUAAUAAGUCUACAUAUGUUUUCCAAGCCAUUUACUCUUAAAAAGAAGGGUUUAUGAAGGGACAUGACGUCAUCUGUAAAUAGUUUCUGUGGGGCUGCACUUUUAAGUGACUCAGAUGUGCUCUGUUAUCUUCACCACUUCCAUAAAGCGUAGUUGUAUCAGUCUUAAUAUUUUUUAAACCACUUUAAUAUUCAAGCUGAAGAAUUUUUUUUUUUGUUCUUUUAUUUUUCACGCUGGAUGGACUACCAGACCUUUGAGGGACAAUACAGGGUGGCAUUGGUGAUAAAAUGGUGCAAAGCGCAGAAAACCGACAGCCACCGUUUGCAUGUCAGCUCCUAUGGUCAAUGUAAGCUGAGAUCUGAUUGGUUGCUGAGAGUGAUAUCACCUAUGAGAACAGAAUUCCACUUUUUGUCAGCCCUAAAAUUACCAAAGAUUUUACACGAUGGUAAAUUAUGUUGCUUGUUAUAUGCUUUACCUGUAUCUUAAAGCCAAAUGUCCUCUUGCUGAUGAUCAAAAGAAACCGGUGUCUCUAGUGGGCGAUAUGUUGUUCAUUGAGAUAGACUAGGGUUAGUUUAAUAGGAAUCCGCUAGUUUCCAUUUGUGUAUUUUCAGACCAUCUUAUUCCAUGCCAAAGUAUUGUUUUCUAUUUUAUUUUUUUUAUCCUUUUUUUGUUGUUUAUUUUUUAACCCAAUGUGACCAAACCGUGUAAGUUGAUAUCUAUGUCAAGAAUAGUAUUACGGCUUUUCGAAUGUUGCUAGCUAUUGUAUGGUCUUCACAGGCCUCCCAAAAUCCUGCACAUGGCAACUGACGUUUUUCCCAAAAAUUAAAAAAAGUUAAACUAAAAGAAAUUCUGGUUAUUAAAUAACUCCCCUAACAUUUUAGGUUGCACAUAUUCUGUACCAAUGGCUAGAUAGUAUGUUUGUUCUCUGUUUCGAAAUGAACCUAUUGGUUAUUACGUUCUAAGGCACAUUUUUGAAGGUCUGUAUCGUUGUCAUAUUAAAUAUACCAUCAAAUGCUCAAAGCAUCACAUCCUUAUCUUACUAAUGUGUAUAUAUAAACUAUUUAAGUUGUUCAAGCAUGCAACCCCGCAGCCUAAAAAAAAAAAGCACUUUUUAGUGAUAUCGGAAUUAACUGAUUUGAAAUCUUAAGGCACAGUAAAUGCACAAAUGUAUUAGAUCAAAAAAACUUUUUUAAGGAAUUUUUUGUAGUGUAAAUUGGCUUCAAAAUUUGAUAUAACACUAUAUGGCGAUACAAGUAGUCCCUUUUUAGCUACUAUACUAACCUUUUUACCACCCUUUUUUUCUCAUACUGUUCAAUCUGUGUAUUAAAGGCACUCAUCACUGCCAAUUUUAUUUUUAUUUUUAUUUUGUGUUGUUUUGGCAGCUUGGUUUUAGACAGACCAACUAAAAGAAGAUACAUGGUUAAAUGCCUAAAGUGAUAUGGGGGAUAGAGUCGCUUAAUUUGUUGAUUGGGGGCAAGACUAGUAAACUCAUUAGCAUGUAUAAAAAAGUUAAGCAUACCUCAAUCCAGCCCUUUCUAGAAUGACUAAAACACAAAUACAUUUCACUAAGUUGCACUUAACUGUAUGUCUUGCAUGCUUGGUUUACAGCGAAUAGAACUAGGAAAAAAAUGAAGCAUUUACAUAUCAUGCAAGUGUCGAACUUGAUUAACGACCAACUGAAAAACUCAGGCUUUUAUCAUGAAGCAAACUCCACUAUAUAGAUAUAUUUUUUAUUUCAUUUUUGCAAAAAAUAAAACAUAAAAAUCUGUUGUUCAUUUCAGAUCCCCAUUAUGUACAUAUACUGUCAACAUGCCUGCUUAACCAUUUGUAUUUUUAAAAAAAAUGGCGGGGGAGGGUGGAAGGGCCAAGUUGGGUAUCUAAUUUUUCAAUUUUGUUUUUUUCCCAUUCCUUUUUAAAAGUUUCCUUGCAGGGAAUAAAUGCAUAUUUGUUUUGUCAAACACCAUUGCUUUGUUGUGCAACUGCUUUAUAGUAACUAUACUAAAGAAAAAAUAGCUUUGAAAAAAAAAAAAUACUGUAUGUAAGUAUUGCAGGUGACUUGCUGCAUAUGUAUAAUAUUUAGUUAUCCCGGCUUAAAAUUUUUUUAAAAUUAUGGAUGACGUUUGCUGACACGGUGGGAAAAAUUCCCUGACUAAUUUGCUUUUCAAACUGUAACAUAGUUGACAUUUUUUUUUUUCUAUCCUGGAUCGGUAAAAUUUGUACAGAUUUUGUGUUUUUGACUUCCCUCCACCCCCCAUAUUUUUUUCUCUUUUUUUUUUUUCUACCAUCCUAUGUUUAUCUACCACUGCCAUUUCAGGCUAUCUUAAAACAAACAAAAAAAAAAAAUCUUAAAAAAAGGUUCAUACAUUCUGAAAGCAUAUAUAUAUAUCUAUAUGAAAGAAAAAGUUGUUUUAAAGUGUUUUCUCCUCCUGCAGUAAAUAUUUUGCAUGAUGAAUCCUGGGCUCACACUUUCAAAGUUUAUCAGUGAAGUCUUGAAUAAUUAACGGGGAGUGUCAAACUAUUAAACUUUUGUAUUAAAAACAAAAAUUACUUUACAAGGUGCCAAGAUGUAAAGACAAUUUGUUACAUGUUGUUUUUUUUGUUUUUUUU